CCUCGGCGCUCUGCCCUGAAACGGGUCCAGCCGGUGCGAGCGACUGAGGCCCGGCCCGAGGAGUCGGAGAACAAGGAGGAGGAGAAGGUCGCGGCGGUGGGUGCGCUCGGCUUGCCGCUCCCGAUCGCCCCACCCGCACCGCAUCCCUCCGUGCCGCCCCGCCCGCCCGCCGCAGCCCCGGAGGAGCCAGCUACCCUCCCGAGAUGGUGCGCGCCGCCCCGACAGCCGCCGCCCGGGCGUCCCGAGCUGCCGCCCCGCGCGCGGGGGAGAUGGCUCUCUGCACCCCGCGCAGCUGAGCUUCACCGUCGCCCGCAGCAGAUAAACAAUUAAAAUUUUGAAGUUCAAACUUUCUGAUGGUGGUGACAAGCCAUGGCGACAGAUGAUAAAGUUGCCAUCUUAACUGAUGAUGAAGAGGAACAGAAGAGAAAAUAUGUGCUUGCUGAUCCCUUUAAUGGUAUUUCCAGGGAACCAGAACCACCUUCAAAUGAAACACCCUCCUCCACAGAAACAGCAGCUAUUCCUGAGGAGGAUAUAGACUGGAUAGAGAAACAUUGUGUGAAAAUAAACAAUGAUCUUCUAAUUUCCAAGGUCUUUUAUUUUUUCUUUUAUGCUGCAUAUGGCUCUCUUUACCCACUUUUGCCUGUGUAUUAUAAACAACUGGGAAUGUCACCGAGCCAGAGUGGAUUGCUAGUAGGUAUUCGAUACUUCAUUGAAUUCUGUAGUGCCCCCUUUUGGGGUGUAGUUGCAGAUCGCUUUAAAAAAGGCAAAAUUGUCCUCCUCUUUUCUCUCUUGUGUUGGGUUUUAUUCAACCUGGGCAUUGGAUUUGUCAAACCUGCUACCUUGAGAUGUGUACCAAAGAUACCCCCAACAGCUCGCCCCACCAAUUCAAGUCACCUGCUGACGAUCCUGCCAACGAAUUCUUCCAUUAUCGCUUCCAUGAUCACAUCACCAAGAAUGCGUGAGAAGAGAAACCUGCUUCUUUCCAAUGAGCCAGUGAUGUUAGAAACGGGGUCCAAUAGCACAGCUGUCAUCUUUUCGACAGCUCCAAGCAAGACCAGUGCACCUACUCUGCAACCUCAGACAGAUGAAAUUACAGACCAGAUUAUGGACUUGACCUUGAGCCCAAGCACAGCAACCCUUGGCCCACCAGGAAAUGUAACCAGGGAGACAACCACUGCUAUUGUCACUACCACCAAAUCUUUACCUUCUGACCAAGUCACUCUUCUUUAUGAUCAACAAGAAGUAGAAGCUAUAUUCUUGGUAAUCUUGGUAGUUGUCAUAAUAGGAGAAUUUUUCAGUGCCUCUUCUGUCACCAUUGUGGACACGGUAACACUCCAGUAUCUGGGAAAACACAGAGACCGCUAUGGAUUGCAGCGCAUGUGGGGCUCCCUGGGCUGGGGCCUGGCGAUGCUGUCCGUGGGCAUCGGGAUUGAUUACACCCACAUAGACGUGCUCAUUGACGGGAAGGGGUGUAAGCCCCCUGAAUACCGGAACUACCAGAUCGUCUUCAUUGUCUUUGGAGUUCUCAUGACUAUGGCCUUGAUCGUUGCUACUCAGUUCCGGUUCCGCUACAACCACUUCAAAAAUAAUGAAAACGAAGGGAAAGAGGUGGAAAUCCCUCAGGUGGAGAGGAACAGCUCCACAGAAUCCUCUGAGGAGACACCAACCACGACGAGCCACUCCCAGGCCUUCAGCUUUUGGGACUUAAUCAGACUGCUUUGCAGUGUGCAGUAUGGCUCAGUGUUGUUCGUGGCUUGGUUUAUGGGUUUUGGAUACGGCUUCGUGUUCACAUUUCUCUACUGGCAUUUGGAAGAUCUGAAUGGAACCACAACCCUCUUCGGGGUGUGUUCAGUCCUGAGUCAUGUGUCUGAGCUGACAGCUUAUUUUUUUAGUCACAAGCUUAUUGAAUUGAUCGGCCACAUCAGGGUUCUGUAUAUUGGCCUGGCCUGUAAUACAGCUCGCUAUAUUUAUAUUUCCUAUCUGGAAAAUGCCUGGACUGUUCUCCCCAUGGAAGUUCUUCAAGGAGUGACACAUGCGGCCAUCUGGGCAGCCUGCAUUUCUUACCUCAGUGCAGCUGUUCCCCCUGAGCUGAGGACGUCUGCUCAGGGUAUCCUGCAGGGCCUUCACCUGGGUUUGGGGAGAGGCUGUGGUGCCAUGAUCGGGGGCGUGUUAGUCAAUUACUUUGGGGCUGCUGCAACCUUCCGAGGAAUCGGCAUGGCCUGCCUGGUCAUUCUGCUCCUCUUUGCCCUGAUCCAGUGGCUGGCAGUGCCAGAUGAAGAAGAAGACAAGACAAUGUUGGCAGAAAGGAUUCCUGUUCCAUCAAGUCCUGUUCCCAUAGCAACCAUCGACUUGGUACAGCAACAGACAGAAGACAUGCCACGCAUUGAGCCCAGACUUCCACCCAAGAAAACCAAGCACCAGGAAGAACAAGAGGAUGUGAACAAGCCAGCCUGGGGGGUCAGUUCCUCUCCCUGGGUGACCUUUGUCUACGCACUCUACCAAAUUAAAGAGAUGAUGCAGCUCGCAAGGGACAGCCAUGCUUCUGAGAUACAGCCGUUACAGGAGACCAGUGAGAAUCGGAGAGAUUCUCCAGCUGGCGGAGCCCAGCCUGUCCCAUGUGAGAUUUCCUCUGACCCAUCCAGAAACCAGCCAUCCCCUCAAGCAGCAGCAUCUCAGAUGCAGAGCAGCCCUGUUCUCCCCAGUGUGGACCAGACUGCAAAGGAAAGUGAGGACCAGCAGGCUCAGCCUGCUUCUGGGGGACACUGAGGGGUCCUGCUCAUUUCACACCCUGCAUGGAACUGGGCUCCUCUGCCAGGACAGAGGCAGAGGUGCCCCAAACCCUGGACAUGCCUCAACUUGAGGAGCAUAGCACCACACACGCUUCUAAAUACCUGAACUCAUUAACGUGGAAACACACACAUAGGAGCUACAGUACAUAUUGGCAGAAACAGCUUACCUUCCAUACUCCCACCGGAAUCACUGAAGGGAAAUGGCGUUCAAUGAGGACUUGGUUGGUUAGGUUAAGGACUACAGGACUUCUCUGCCAGGGCAGGGAGAAUUGCAACCAGCAGUUACACUAAGUAAGUGGAGGGAAAGAAAGUGUUUCGAGGUAAGUGCUGAUAUAACAUCCCUCUUCUGAUUAUUUAUUCUAAUUAUUUGGUUCUUAAUGCAAACUGGGAAGAAACAGAAUACACUUAUAAUUUUGUUCCUCUUAACGAGAACCAUUUAAAAAGAUUUAAAUACAGUAAGCAGAUAAAAGUAGAGUAUAUGCUUUUGUUUAAAAAAGGGAAAAAGUUUAAUCAGAAACUUGGCAUAUCUCUAGCAAAUAUAUUUUUAUAUGUGUAUGGUAUAUAAUGAAAAUAGUCAAUUCUUUGAGCAAAAGCUGUUAUUGACAACUGCAAGCUAAGCUGAGCUUUAAAAUGCCUUUUGUUUUAAAUGGGCUUUAAGACCAGAGGAAGGAAUAUUCCAAAUAAACUAACCAACUUAGUAUCCUGUGGCCUGGUAGACGAGGGUUUACUAAAUAUAUUGAUACUGUAAAUAGCCGAUAUCACUAUUUAUAAUUUUAUAGUGAUUCAGGCUCUACUUAGUUGAUGGAAUUUUUAAAACUCACUGAAUUCCUAAGAGUUUCUUUAAUUUAGCAGUACUAUUUACAAAUAACAGUAUAAGAUUUAAGUGCCUGGGAAAGGGAUGCAAUUUUUAAAAAUUACAUAAUGGGUCAGUUUUUGUUUUGUUUUUGGUGAGGGGUAAAAGGUGUUGAAUAGGAAACCAGGAAUGGAAAGGACAGGAAUAAGAAGUAACUGUACUUUCCAAUGACUAAAGAAAUACAUAUCAGUGUAUUCUUUCCUUUGAGGACACAGUCAGACACUGGACCGUUCAGAUGUGGGUAUGUAAACAUGACAGCUACUGUCAGAACAAUGGCUGGGUGAAGCACACAUUACGCUUGCUGCUAAAAAUGAAAGCUGAGGUUAAUAGGAAGCCUUGGGGGAGGGCUAUGGAAAGGGAAUACUGCUUUAGUGAAUGAAGGUCAAUUAUUGUGCGUAUAAUAGCUGUGGAUGAGCCAGGAGAGACAAAAGAACAGAGUUAAAAAGGAGCAACUCACUUUACCCUCUGACCCUGAUUAAACAGGGAUCAGUUGUAAAGUGAGGGCUUCUCCAUGAUACCAUACUUCUGCCCCAAACUGCAUCUGGGAGAAGAAAUUCUACACUUGGAUAUCUAGCUUCACCACAAAACACAGCUUAAAAAUAACGGAAAGAAAUUGAAUUAAGCAAAUAGUUAUUUUUGCACUUGAAUUGAAAUGUACUGUAAUAUAAAUUAUCAUGACUCAUUUUAAGUGACCUUUAAAAAUCAGAUGUAUUUAUUAUGCUUAUGUAAUUAUAGAAAUAAAGAAAUGGGUAAUAGGCUGAACCUCACCUAUGAAUGUACAGUAUGUGGAUUUGUGAAACUGACUGUAGGAAGUCAAAAACUUAUACUGUAUCUUGUGUUUACAGUUCUGAUUUAUUCCUUUGAAAAGCCUGCUGUUUUGGAAAUGCACAGUUGAUAUGUUGAAAUAAAAAUAAAUACCAUUUUUAAA